AUGACUCGGCUGUGGGCGCUCUUCCUCGCCGCGACCGCGCUUGCGACCCCCUUCGACCCGCGUAACAACUGGGGUAACGAUAACGACAACGACAAGCCCGGCAAGGGGGACGGCCACGGAUAUGGGCACGACAAGGACCACCACAACGACCAUGACCACGGACAUGGUCACGGCCACGGCCACGGUGACGGUGAUGGCGAGCCCCAAGGCAACGGCACGUCGCCUUACCAGGUGAUGGCUGAGCCGAUGAUCGGUAUCCCCGCCCUCGGUCUGCCAGCGCCCAGCAACAAGACGCGAAUUCCCGGCUAUCUGCUUGGACCUGGCAAGUCCGGCGUCGCGAGCGAGGAGAAGACGUGCUCCGAGCUCGGCGUCUCGAUCAUGAAGGACAAGGGCGGCAACGCGAUCGACGCCGCUAUCAGCACGACGCUGUGCAUCGGCAUGCUGAACGCGUUCAGCUCCGGUAUCGGCGGCGGCGGCUUCAUGGUCGUCCGCGUGCCGGGUCAGAAGGCGAAGCACAAGGCGCAGGUCACGUCCAUCGACUUCCGCGAGACGGCGCCCGCCGCGGCCAACGAGACGAUGUACAAGGAUACCGGCCGAAAUGGGUCCCAGAUCGGCGGUCUCGCCGUCGGUGUGCCUGGAGAGCUGCGUGGACUCGAGGCAGCUCACAAGCUCGGCGGCUCUCUGCCUUGGAAUGAGCUUGUCGAGCCUGUCGCUCAGAUUGGACUGAACGGUUGGCAGGUCUCUGCUGAGCUCGCGGGACGCCUGAACAAGAGCGCGUGGAUUACGGACUCGCCCCGCUUCCGCGACAUCUACUUCGUGAACGGCAAGAUGGCUGUUGAGGGCGACACGAUCAAGCGUGAGAAGUACGGCAAUGCGCUCAUGAAGAUCGCGAAGGAGGGUCCUGGCGCUUUCUACGAGGGCUCGAUUGCCGACGACAUCAUCAACGCCGUGCACGAGGCUGGAGGCAUCCUGACGCACGAGGAUCUGAAGAACUACACCGUGCGUCAGAAGAAGGCGAUCAGCUCCACCUUCCGCGGCAAGACGGUGCAUACCAUGGACGCGCCCAGCAGCGGCCUCGUCAUGCUCGGUAUGCUGAACAUUUACGAGCCGCUCUUCCCCGGUCGCGAGAAGUGCUGGAAGGAGGAGGACAUCCACAACCGUCUCGAGGCCAUGAAGUUCGCUUUUGGUGCGCGCUCGGGCGUUUCCGACCCCGCCUUCAACGCCAACGCCUCCGAGUUCCCCAAGUUCUACUCGAAGGAGUGGGCGAAGGAGCAACGCGACAAGAUCACCUACCAGGUCCACGACGCGAGCUACUACGGUCUGAACAAGUACGACGCGCCGGACCACGGCACGACGCACAUCGCGACCCUCGACGAGGACGGAUACUCUGCCUCGAUCACUACCACGGUCAACCUGCUCUUCGGUGCGCACCUCGCCACCCCCGAGUGGGGCAUCUUCCUGAACGACGAGAUGGACGACUUCGCCGUGCCCGGCGAGAGCGACGCGUUCGGCCUCCCGCCUAUGGCUGUUAACUUCCCUCAGCCCGGCAAGCGCCCUCUCUCGUCGACCGCACCCUCCAUCGUUGAGGCGCCUGGUGGCAAGAGCGUGUACGCCGUUGUUGGCGGAUCGGGCGGAAGCCGCAUCUUCCCCUCUGUUGCGCAGGUCAUCCUGAACGCCGAGUGCGGUGACGACAUCUCCGCCGCCAUCGAGCGCGUGCGCUGGCACAACCAGCUCAGCCCCAACAUUACCUCCGUCGAGGUCGGCACUGGCAAGGACGCCGCGGACCCCGAGGUCAUCUACGGCCUCCUCAGGCGUGGCGAGAUCAUUGGCGAGUACGACAUCAACGCGCCCCAGGGUCAGGUGCAAGGCAUUCUCGUCAACAAGAAGGGCGAGCUGUACGCGGCUUCGGACAGCAGGAAGCACGGUGUCGCCGCGGUCUACUGA